UUUCUCUAAAAACAAAAACAUAAAUAAAAACUAAACGUAAAUUUUUAAAUUUAAGGUUUUUAAUGUUUUGUAUUAGGGGUUUUGCAUACCUUUUCAAAAACAUUUGUCAUCAUUUUCGGAAAAUACGUUACAACGAACAGACGUUGUCCAAUCUCGCUCGCUCGGUUUAUAAAUGAACAAGUGCGCGUUAACACAUACAACUUUAACAAAAAUAAACAAAGCAUAUACAAAUAAACAAACGAAUACCUUUACUCGCUCACUCACUCUCUCUCAAUCUUACCACAGAUAAAUAGAAAACGGAAACCCCCUCGAAAUCAUACACCGGAAACUAAUAAUGAGUUUAGAAUGAAAAUUAUUAAUAUAACAAAAACAAAACUUCAAAAAAAGAUAUUUAACGGAUAAAAAAACCCUAAAAUCAAACAAAAUAAACUUAAAAAACAACUAAUAUUCACACACAGUGUUACAAAUUACAUUAGUUUUUUUUUGGGGAAUUUUAAUUAGAUUAUGUCUCGCCGUGAGAGUUUUCUAUCUACCAAUACAACAGCAACAAGAAUCUCUACAGCAACGGCAACGAAAACAGCGGCACCGGUAACAUUGUGGAAUGGUGCUCAGUAUGCAGCCUCAUCAAAAGAAUUGGAAUUAUUACGUAGCGAAUAUGGUUUAGAUACACGCAUGUUGGAAAAGAAAUUGGUGCCGCGCUAUAAACUCUAUCAUAAACCUCAAGUUAGUUGUAAAAAUAAAUUAGUUAAUUCGCCAUUGGCUCGCAAGAAAGUCAACUCCAACAACAAUACUAAGAAAUCUACUUCAUUUUCUUCCACAACCACCAAGACAACUACUACCUCCAACUCUGCUGGUUCUUCUUCCGAUUGGAUUUUGUGUUAUAACGAUUCAAAGGAAAACUUCCAUCCCUGGUCUGGUUUAGGUGAAAAUUGUGAAAAACGUUUUGGUCAAUUUGAUUUAGUACCCUGGCGUAAAUAUCGUUCGAAUUUAGAUUUACUGGCCUUAAAUGAUUAUAGUUCAGCACCUUUAAAUAUCAGUGCCAAAUCUUUAACACGUUUAGAAAAACUAGAACUCAAACAAAAUCGUCGUCAGCUAAAACGGGCCAAUCUUAAGGCAUCUCAAGCUCGUUUACGUAGAUUUGUGCGUGUGCGUUUAAUAUUUUCCAUAGAACUGCGACACAAAAGAAUGGAACUACUUAAGCAGACCGCUCUAAGACCUCGGGUAUUUGAACAAAAAGUUUCCCUAAAUGAAUGUGAUGUAGCGGAAUAUGAGCGUAUACUAUUCAAUGCUCAUUCUAGUGUAGAGGAUCAUUUGGGUUAUUUUAGUAAACGUGGCCUAGGAGGUUCCCCAGAUGAUGCCUCCUCACCGGGGGUGUCGAAAAAAUCUGGUCUUAAUUUAAAACCGGUAGAACAUAUGAAUUUUACUACUAGUGAAACAGAUUCUUCAUAUGACUCGUUAAAUGCUCCAACACCUGUGGAAAUGUUGCUUAAAAAUAAUCAAGUGCCAUGUGUUAAAUGUCGCGAUAUUGCCAUUAAAUUAAGGUAAAGAAAAGAAAAAAACGAAAUUUAAACUUAUAAAAACAAAUUAAAUUAUGUUUAGUUAAAAGUUGAAUAUAUAAAGAAAAAUAUUAAAAAAAAACAGGGAAGGUG